GUGCGUGUGUUGUGUAUUUUUUGUUAAACGUCAAAUUUUAGUGUCAAGUCAUGUUAAACUCAGUACGACUGAAGGUCUUCGAAUUUACAAAAAUGGAGAAAACUUCUCUGUUAGGUAAUAUGAAAACCAAACAUCCAGGUGCGGGAUCUCCCAUAUUGAAAUCGAUCGAUCCCAACAUCAACAACAAACCUGAAUUUAAUAAUGCAUGCGGUGAUAAAUUACCAGAAGGCCUUAUGUCGUUAGAUGUAACCGCUGACAUAGACGAUGAAUACAAAAGUACUUUGCUCCUCGAUGACAACGAAAACCUUAGGAUAAAUUCGGAGGAGGAAUUCCUCAAAGCUUUGAACAUUCAACCACAUGAAAAAGUUAAAGUGGUAUCUAUUUUCGGAAAUACCGGCGAUGGAAAAUCGUAUACGUUGAAUAAAGUGUUUUUCGAUGGCGAAGAAGUGUUCAAGACUUCCUCGUCUCAGGAUUCUUGUACUCUGGGAGUAUGGGCAAUGUAUAAUCCAAAGAUGAAGGUUAUUUGUGUCGAUACCGAAGGAUUCUUGGGCAUAUCAAAACGAGAACAUCAACGUACUCGGCUGCUACUCAAAGUAUUGGCGAUAUCAGAUAUUAUUAUAUAUAGAACUAGAGCAGAAAGACUUCAGCGAGAUAUGUAUACUUUUCUUGGAGGUGCUUCUAAGGCUUACAAGGACCAUUUUAGUUCUGCCUUAAGAAAGGCCUUGACUAAGGCCGACGCUCAACAAUUUGCUGGUGCGCUUGGACCUGGAGUUAUUAUUUUCCAUGAAACUAGGCACACGGAUACUUUACACGUAAAGUCGAACGUAACGCAGUCCACUGAGGACAUUCUCAGAACAGACUUUGCAGCAUUGGGAUUAUCGUACGAUGCAUUUAGUUUUAUUAAAUAUAUCGGUGUUCAAACGGUAGGACCCGAAACUAAUUUUAAAGAUUUAAAAAUGACUGUGUUAGAUAAAUUGGAAAGUACCGAGGUUAGAACGAUGAGAGACGCCAAAUAUGUAUAUCUCACUUUAAAAAGUUUAAAUGACAAAUUUCAAACCGACAUCCAAGACAGUACUGCACCACUUUAUUUACCCGCCUUCUUUACCUGCACGGAAAAAUGUCAGUCGUGUAAAAACAACUGUAGUCUAUCAAUGGGUCACAAGGAAGAAGGCGAACCUCACCAAAGUACUCAAGAUUGUACGUUUCAGCAUCAGUAUCAAAAUUAUGUGUAUCUUUGUAAGGUUUGCUACAAAAACGGACAUAGAUCAAUCGUUAAACCCAGUUAUCAAACGGUGAGUGAUAAUUCCUGGUCGAGCUAUUUAAAUUACGUAUGGUCUGGUUAUGUGAUAGAGUGUCCUAAAUGUGGAGAAAUUUUCCGAAGUAGACAGCAUUGGUAUGGUAACAAAAAUCCAGAAGAUUCAGCCGUAAGGGCAGAGGUAGUUCAUAUGUGGCCCGGGGAGAGAUCGUUAUUUGGAUCUCUUAAUUCAGCUCAAAAAGUUUUGGAUGGAGUAAGCAUGUUCACUGAUGUGAUAUCUCAUGUAGGAUCUCAACCUAAAAAGUUACUGAGCGAUUGGGCAGCUGAUAAAAUAGCACCUAGUUAUUGGAGGCCAAACCACGAAAUUAAAGUAUGUUUCCUGUGUAAAAUACCAUUCCUGCCAAACGCCAAAAAACACCAUUGUCGCUCGUGUGGUGAGGGUUUCUGCGAAGGCUGUUCUUCCAAACGGCAGCCCGUUCCAGCGCGGGGUUGGCUAGAAGAUGUAAGGGUAUGUGACAGUUGUUACAGCGAUCAACCACCGACUCUUUCCAAUAUGGGAGAUCCUUCAGAAAACCGUGCUCGACAAAUUGGCGAAACAGUUAUCAGUACCAUUUCUGCAGUCACGUCGGUGUUAGAUAUACCUAAGGAAUACAUAAAAGAAUCCGCUCGACCUACAUACUGGACUCCUGACAACGAAUGCAUAGAAUGUUGGGUUUGUAAAAAGCAAUUUGGACCAUUAAGACCUUUGCAUCACUGCAGAGAAUGUGGAAGGGGGGUGUGCAAUGAAUGUUCCGGAUCUAGAAAAGCGGUACCGUCGAGAGGGUGGGACAGUCCAGUGAGAGUUUGUAGCAAGUGUCGAUGAUUGGUGCCAUGUCGAACUGUAAUGUACAAAUUGUUCCUUUGAGAUAUACGCAUGUUGAGCAGGAAGGAUAAUUGUUGAGUACUGAUGAAAUUUAUACACAAACAAUAUAAGACUAACAUUCUUGUAGCUACUUUAAAAUGUGGUGAAAUGAUGUUAAAAUAUGUAAAUUUUAAACGAACUUUAUAUUAAAAAAUGCAACAAG